GGUCCCUGAGCGCUUCCGGCGCGAAGAAAGGAGCCGCCAGUCCUGAAGUUGGAGGGAGGAAACGUCUACAAAUAAAGAGGGACAGUGAGGGAUUCAGUGGAUUAUUUCAAGAUGAGCUUUCUAUUGCCCAAGCUGACUAGCAAAAAAGAAGUCGACGAGGCAAUAAAGAGCACUGCAGAGAAGGUGUUGGUUCUCAGGUUUGGGAGAGACGAGGAUCCUGUCUGUCUGCAACUAGAUGACAUUCUUUCUAAGACCUCUUCUGACUUGAGUAAAAUGGCUGCUAUAUAUCUGGUGGAUGUGGACCAAACUCCAGUCUAUACACACUAUUUCGACAUCAGUUAUAUUCCAUCUACUGUGUUUUUCUUCAAUGGGCAGCAUAUGAAAGUGGAUUAUGGGUCUCCAGAUCACACUAAAUUUGUGGGAAGUUUCAAAACCAAACAAGACUUCAUAGAUUUGAUUGAAGUAAUUUAUCGAGGAGCAAUGAGGGGAAAACUUAUUGUCCAAAGUCCAAUUGAUCCCAAGAAUAUUCCCAAAUAUGACCUUCUCUAUCAAGACAUUUAGCACAUUAACUACCGUCAAAGCUGAAGAGAAAGGCCCUUCUCGGAACGGUACGCGAAGGCAGCUGUGCUGUUUUCCGGAUCCUUCGGAAAGGUGCUCAGCAUCCCAGUGGAGAGAGGUUUGACUCAUAUAGAACAUACUGGCCUGAGUGGAAGACCCGCGGGACUGUGAUGACCUGGGGAGCCUACGUGUUUAUUCCCCACAAACCUCAGAGCAGUCGAGUCAACUGUGGUCAGUUUCCCUGCAUGAUUUGUUUGACUUUUCUUUAUAUUGUGCUUUUCUUUAUCUCUUAACAUAAUACAGAAUUUUCCUAAACAUUGGCUAGAACAAUUUGAUUUAACUAUAUUUAUUUGACACACAAGUAAAAUGGAAAGAGCAAAAAUACUUAUUUUCUACUCUAUAUGUACAUACACACACCUCUUUCUCACCCUCAACCUUGCCCAUUCCUCCACUCACAUAUUUCUAUUACUCAUGCUCUCUGAUCUCCAGUCCUAAUUAUCCCAGUUUCUCUUGGAAUGAAUAAUUCUCCACUGAUAGCAGGCAAGUUUGGUUUAUUUUGGAACCUUCCUGGUUCACACUUCGAAAACAGUGUCCUGGUUUGCAAAUUUACUAGCUUUUGUGCUAUUAAAUUACCCAGGAAGUGAGACUUGAACCUUUACCAUCCAGCACCCAAUUUGAGCUAAACAAAGAAUUAACUACCCUUAGCAAGUAGGAACAGAGCUCUCCCAGAAGUCAGAGUUCCACCUCUUCCUGAGACAAAACUGCUUCAAGGGCUCAUGACUAGAGAGAAUCAGGAUUGUUAGAAAGCGUAGGGGCUGCUCUCCCCACUUGGAGGAAACCUACUCUCUACAGGAGUCUGCAUUCUUGUCAUAUUUAGCUUGUUAAUACUAAUAAAGGAAGAGAGCCAAAGGGAAGCCAGACAUUGGAAGCAUGGUCAUCUGGGCAGCUUUGCCAGGAAACUACAGGUUCACGCUCCCCAGGGAACCACCAUGCCAUUCCCUGCAGAUCACGGGAAAGGAUCAAACAAAAGGGGAGGUGGACAGACAAAGGGGGAGAUGGGCGCCUGUGCAGUGAAGUCGGUGAUGUAGGGGAAGUGCUUAUCUGUCAGUCUAGCCUGGGGAGCAAUGGAUUGGCUAGGAGGGUGGAGCCACCACAAGUGCACAAAAUCUUGGAAGGUUAAAAUCCCCAAAGAGUUCCUUCUCUCUUGCUCUUGCUUGCUCUCUUGCUCCAUGACCCACGCUUGCCCGUGCCUUCGCCUGUUCGCUCUCCAUUGCUGUGGCCUUAAGCAGCUGAGUGGCCUCUGGCUAUGCAGAUUCGCACACAGCGGACUACAGCUAGGAGCACAAGCUAAGCAAGCCGGAUGCUGGACUGGACUUUAAUAUGGAGCAGGAACUCUGGUCAGUGGCCUUCAUUCUGGCCCUGCUGAAGACAAGAUUGGACUUCUUCCACAGCGAGACGGACAGAGAUGGGACCUUGGAGGAGAACCCCCUUAAUUUUACAUCAUUAACACAGCUUUCCAGGAAACCUCAUCCUCUCGCAGGGACCUCGGGAAAUUUUUUCCUCGCAGCACCCCAAGAACUCCACUUCCACCGAUAACAAACGCAAGCCAUCUGAGUUUUCCAUUUCACAAAGAAAUGCUCUUCAGGGACUCCCAUAAGCUCUUUUUCUAACUGAACUCUUCUGCUAUAAACCUUUAGUACAUUGCCCAGCCAGCAUGGCUCAGUGGUUGAACAUCGACUAGGAGAUAACAGUUCAAUUCCUGGUCCCAACAAAUAACCAAGUUUCGGGCCAUCCCCAGUGCGGGCACGCAGGAGGCAGCCGAUAAAUGAUUCUCUCUCAUCAUUGAUGAUUCUGUCUCUCCCUCCCUCUCUGAAAUCAAUAAAAAACUUUUUAUAAAAAUAA